AGCAAUCCUGGAUUCCCCCCUGGAUCGUGGUUCCCUGAUGGACACCUCAGAGCCUAGCAGUGCGACUGAGGAAGAUGAGGAGAAAACGACAGUGGAGAGCAGGCCGAGGACCCGGUCCAACCCCGAGGGGGCCGAGGACCGCACCCUGAGCGCCCAAGCCAGCGUGGGGAGCCGCAGCGAAGGAGAAGGAGAGGCUGCCAGCACCGGCGACAGCCCGCAGAGCGCCACUGCUCCUGCUGCUGACGUCAAGGGCUGGCCCACCCCGGUGCCCCCCACCGAGUUCCAAGUCAAGACGCCACGGGUGAACUGCACUGAGAAAGUGAUUAUCUGCUUGGACCUGUCUGAAGAAAUGUCCUUUUCCAAACUAGAGUCCUUUAACGGGUCCAAAACAAACGCCUUGAACAUCUCCCAGAAGAUGAUAGAGAUGUUUGUUCGGACCAAGCACAAGAUCGACAAGAGCCAUGAGUUUGCGCUGGUGGUGGUCAACAGUGACGUCACGUGGCUCUCAGGCUUCACUUCCGAUCCCAGAGAGGUCUGCAGCUGUUUAUAUGACCUGGAAACGGUGGUCUGCAAGUCCUUCAAUUUGGAGGGCCUUUUCAACCUCAUACAGCAGAAGACAGAGCUUCCAGUGACAGAGAACGUCCAAACUAUCCCGCCUCCGUACGUGGUCCGGACCAUCUUGGUGUACAGCCGGCCCGCCUGCCAACCUCAGCUUGCCAUCACAGAGCAGAUGAAGAAAAUGCUACAAUGCCCUUACUUCUUUUUUGAUGUCCUGUACAUCCACAAUGGUGCGGAGGAAAAAGAGGAAGAGACCAGCUGGAAGGAGAUGUGUACCUUCUUCAGCAGCCUGGACAUGAAAGGCACCAACUACAAGUACGAGGUGUCCCUGACGGGCCCAGCCGUGGAACUCCACAACUGCAUGGCCAAGUUGCUGGCUCACCCUCUCCAGCGCCCCUUCCAGACCCACGCCUCCUAUAGCAUGCUGGAGGAAGAGGAGGUGGCGGAGAUUGAGGCUGUUGUCUGACACAGAC